CUCUCUCAGUCACCACAAACAGACGAUGCCACUCACUCUGUCCGAAACGGUUGUUAACUGUUUCUCUGCAUUGAAGCGGGUGGUGAGGGCGGUGCAGAGACAGAACGAUGGCACAGAGAGAGAGAGAGUGAGAGAGAAACGGUCCCGGUUGGUAAAGCCGGUAAUUAGUGACGUGUCUUCUCGCGGAGGAGAGCAGGCGCUGAUGGGAGAUCAGCCCGGUGGCGGAUGAUGAGGAGCUCCGCCAAAAUACCGGGGCGAUGAUGAGAGAAGAGGGCUGGCGACAGAAAGCCUUCUGCCGCAGAGGCAACCUAGAAUUGGCUUAUUUCACAAAAGGCUCUACCAGCAUUCCCGGUGCAUGCAGCCAGGAUCACCUACCACCACCACCUCGGCAACCCACCAGGUUGUGUGGUGACUUGUUGAUGUAGGGUGGAGCUGGACGCACGGACAGCCGACAGGACAGCGUCUUGCUCUAAAUGAUCUCCGUCAUCACCAGGUCAGGACAGCGUCUUGGUCUAAAUGAUCUCCGUCAUCACCAGAGCAGAGGAAUUCUGCCUCAUCUAGGCGUUUUCUGUCCUUGCGCUAAUCCAGUGGAUGAGUGAACCCCGAAAAAGUGGCGCCUUUGUAACCGGAGGAAGGUUGGGCUCUCCCCGGCUUGUGACCUCCUCCUCCGAGGGACAUAUCCUACCACCACCCGUUGUCACAUCUCCUCCCCGAGACUGAAAGCGACGGAAACCACUGAUGCGUCCGGCAGUUCCUCAUGCUUGGCAGUGCUUGUCUUUCCGGUCGGGGGGAGAGGCUCGAGCCACGGCCGCGCGCUAGGAUGCUGCGCCAGGUGUUGCAAGGGGCCCUGAGGACCUUCUUCCAGUCUUUGGGCCGGUUUGUGGCCAGCCACCCGGUGUUUUUCGCCUCGGCGCCCGUGCUCCUUUCCAUCCUGCUGGGGGCCAGCUUCAGCCGCUACCGUGUAGAGGAGGACGUGGAAAGUCUGCUUGUGCCGAAGCACAGCCUGGCCAAGAUAGAGGGUAACCUGGUGGACAGCCUGUUCCCCGUGAACCACCGCUCCAAACAUGCGCUCUACUCGGAUCUGCAGACCCCAGGUAGAUACGGGCGCGUGAUCGUCACCGCCAGAAAGGGGAGCGUCCUGGACCCGGUUCACCUGGACUCCAUAUUAAAGCUCCACAGACAGAUCUACCAGAUGCAAGUGACUGUCCCGGCCACAGGCUCCAACAGCUUCAAUUACUCCUUCUCCUACCUCUGUCUGUCUGAUGACAAGAAUGUCUGCAUCAUAGACGAUAUUAUUCGUGCCAUGGAGGAGAUCCAGUCAGCUCGUGCCUCCAACCGCUCCAUCCCAGUUCUGCGGUAUCCUAUCACGCAGCUGGCGGAUGGGCGGCAGGCGUACAUUGGGCACCAGCUGGGUGGCGUGCAGGGCUGGGGUCCCAGUGGUGUGGUGCGAGGUUUGGGGAUGGGAGCAAGGGGAGAAGGUGUCCGUUCUGCCCGGGCAUUGCAGCUCACCUAUUACCUCCAAGCCCGAAGCAGCCUGAUGGACCAGGUAGCCAGCCAGUGGGAAAAGGCCUUCUGUGCAGAGCUACAGCACUUUGCAGCAUCACAUCCUAAGCUGGUGCUCUAUCCUUCUACUUCUUCUUCUCUGAGGACAGACUUUCAGUUUUCUUCAGUGCUGGCACACCACCCUCUGUUGGCAAGUGUGGGAGUGUGUAGUGUGUUAGCUGUCCUCUGCUGCUCUAUGAGGGACUGUGUGAGGUCCAAACCCUGGCUGGGACUACUAGCUCUGCUGUCAGUCACACUGUCAGGCCUAACUGCUGCUGGCAUACUGAACCUGACUGGAGCCACCUACAACUCCACAUACCUGGGCAUCCCUUUCGUCAUGCUUGGCCACGGGCUCUUCGGUUCCUUCGAGAUGCUGUCAUCAUGGAGGCGAAGCCGGGAGGACCAGCACGUCAAAGAACGCGUGGCGAGCGUCUUUGAGGAUGUCAUGCUGCGUUUCUCCGGCUCCACCAUGCUCCAUCUAAUGACCCUGGGCCUGGCUGCCUCACCACUCACCAAUAUGGAGGCCGUCCGGCUCUUCUGUCGCACCGCCACACUGGCCAUCACCAUCAGUUAUUUUUACAUGUUGUCCUUCUACAGUUCCUGUCUGGUGUUCACAGGAUACUUAGAGACUGGGUACAGACACGGGUGCUUCUGCCGGAGAGUCCCCAAACCGGACCAUCUGGACUCUAAACCGGCCUGGUAUAGAUGUCUAAUGUACGCACGUUACCAGGAGGAGACUCAAAUGACUAACCCACCACAUGGGGUCGGCAACAGCCAUGCUCACUCACUAAAUACUAACCUAACUCACACACAUGCACACACUCACCCACAUACUGCAAACAAUCCUAAUGCACUUGGACAUGGCCAUGUGGCUAACUCCACACACUCACACCCUCAUCCACACUCCACAGCUAGUACAGACCCUCAUCCUCAGGACUCGCACCUUCUGCUGGGGUGUGUGCAGCGUUGCUAUGGAGACUGGAUCACUAAUACUUACGUCAAACCGUUUGUUGUUCUGCUCUACUUGAUUUACAUCUCCUUUGGAUUGAUGGGCUUCAUGCAGGUGUCCCAAGGUUCAGACCCCAGUGCACUGGUUGCCAUGGAUACAGCGACAGUGUUGUAUACUCGUGCCCAGCAGCGUUACUUCAGCUCGUACUCCCCCGUCAUUGGAUUUUACAUCUAUGAAAGUACCCCCUACUGGAACAUGUCAGUGCAGCGGGACCUGCUGGAAUAUGCCAAAGGCUUCCAGCGAAUCAGCUGGCUGGAGGCUUACCUGAACUACCUGUCUGAACGCAACCAGUCCACCACCCAGUCGCGGGAAAACUUCACCCACACACUCUGCCACUCCUUCCUUCGUGAGACACAGUUCGCCCACUUUGCAGAUGACAUCAUAUUUGCAGAGCGUGGUCAGGGUCAGGAGCCCGAUGUCGCUGCUUCCCGAAUCUUCUUGGUUGCCAAGACAACAGAGAACAAGCGUGAGGAGAUGUCAGUGCUGCUGGACACCCUACGUCGUCUGUCAUUGACCUCACGUGUUCGCUUUCUAAUUUUCAACCCCUCCUUUGUGUACCUGGACCGCUACGCUGCAGCGGUCAGCUCCCCCCUCAGACACUCACUGCUGGCAGUGCUCUUCCUGUUGGGUUUGUCCUCUCUGGCCGUUGUGGAGCCCCUGGUCUCUGUGUGGCUGAGCCUCACCCUGCUCUCCGUCCAAUUUGGAGUGCUGGGCUUUAUGACCUUGUGGGGUGUGGAGAUGGACUGCAUGUCUGUGUUGUGUCUGAUCUCUGCUUUAGGGUACUCAGUGGACUGCAGUGGCCCCCUUCUCUGUGGCUUCACCUCGGGUCGUGGUGACAGCAGGACUCGCUGGGUGAGAGUGGCCCUGGAGAGACAUGGAGUUCCCUCUCUACAGACACUUAUCUGCUACAGUGCUGCCCUGGUGCCUGUAGGCUCUAUACGCUCCAACCUCACAUUCACACUGUUUCGCUGCCUCACCCUCACAGCCGGCUGCUCAGCCCUAACCGCAGCCCUCAGCCUGCAGGAGACGAGCAGACACAAGAGGUAGAGUGUGUCGAAAUGAACGACAGCACUCGAGUAGUGGACCAGAUCACCACUGUCUGAGCAUGGGAUGAUGCUUAUUUUUUACUCUUUGGUUGCCAUGGUAACUGCCAGCUGAGAAUUGGUUCAUUGUAGUCUGAGCAGCUGCUGGGCAUGCUGCAGACAAGAAUGCUGAGCCUUAUGAAAAGAAGAAAAACAGAGAAUAUUUCUGAUCAGAAGAAAAAUAGAGGCAGAAGGUUAAGAGACAGAUUUAAACAAGUAAAGAUGAAUGGGAGGCCAGUAAAGCUGAGACAGAUGAGUCUUCAGACCAGUGUAUCCAUGGUUACCUGAUUGUUGCUAGUGCUGUGUAGCAUGUUAAUCAGGAUCAGCUGUGGUCAGGUCUUGAUGUAACAUCAUCACAGAGAAAGUGCCACAUCUCCAGAACUUGCUUCAGAUCCAGUCACAUUGUUUGGCUGCAGCUAUCUGCCCACCACAAAUACAGCUACAAUGACAUGAGGCAAACGUCUGUAUGACCCAAAUAUUUCUACAUUAAUGCUGGUCAAAUAAAGUCAAAUUAAGAAAAUGUGGCUCAAAGUGCUUUUGGCUUAUAUGCAGUUUGUAAUAUAGAGUGCCGUAGUGAUGAGUCCUAAAACCUGGAACUGAGUUGACAUUUCUGCACUUCUGGUUCCCUCACCCUGAAGUCGGUAGUUUUUUCAGUGGGUUUUCAGUCACACUUCUGAAAUAAGGUCUGAGGUUAACACAAGGUCAGUACAUUUGUUCUAUGAAAUAAAAUACAUCAGU